AUGUUGGGUCAGUCGCCCUUUGCUCCGCUUGACACUGCGACUUCCACAACUAUCUCACUUUGUCUAUGUAGCUAUCAAACCAACGAAACUUGCACUCUGGAAACGCCCUCGCAUACAGGCACCUCUUUUACAACCCGGGACAUCCCUAACCAUAGGCUUCUGGACCAAUGUGCAACAUGGCGACCGCCUGUCCAAUGGUUCUCCUCGCAAGAGCCUCAACGAGCAUGGUCUCUCCAUCCACCCGCCGUCAGCGGAGUCGACUCUCCAUCCACCAGUGACAAUGUGGCACGACAGUUCAAACCUCAAAGUGGCGGUAAGUACCUCAUGCUUUUACUCUUGGAGGAGUAG